ACUAUAUUCCAUCAUUGGCGGAGAUCAUUCUCAAGAAGAACUCCAGGAAAACAAAACCAAUGAUGAAUCUCCAAGGCAUUUUGAUGGGUAAUCCUCCCUUGGACUUGGAGAUCGAAUUGAAAGGCAGAGCUCUAUACUGUUGGAACCAUGGUCUCAUCUCAGACGACACUUACCAAGGGCUGUCGAGUACAGUGUGCAGCUCUCUGAAGACAUACGGAGUGAAGGCAUGUGAGCCCUACUUCAUCACAUAUUUGCUCGAGGAAGCCGGAAAUGUCGAUGCAUUUAAUGUUCUUGGGACAGAAUGCAAGGAAAUGGAGGUGUCUAAGUAUUGUCUCAAUGGGAUUACCUCCAAGUAUAUGAACAGGAAGGAUGUGCAGCAAGCCUUCCAUACAAUCGCCACCGCAUGGACACACUGCAGUAAGGCUAUACAAGGGAGCCACAGCCUUCCUGCUACAGAAAAGUCCAUGUUGCCCACUCUGGAGAUACUCAUUCAGUCCGGCUUGCAAAUUUGGAUAUACAGUGGAGAUGCAGAUUCAGCAACUCCUUUCAUAGCCUCUCGGACUGCUAUUUCCAAGCUGCAUCUUAAGAGGAAAGCAAGAUGGUAUCCUUGGGGCCAUAAUAGCAGGAUCAGUGGAUGGUCUGAGAUAUACGAAGGGAUGACCUUCGCAAUGAUCAGAGGAGCCUGUCAUGAGGCCCCGAUGUACGCGCCUGCUCAAGCGUUCGAGGUGUUGGAGCACUUCUUAGCUAACAAGUCGUUGCCUAAAUAUACAGAGUGAUGCAAGAUUUGUAUUGAAACGUCAAUCGAAUUGCUAUUAUAGAACAUCAUGUACUAUAAAAUGGUAUCUCGCGUCAUCUCUAGCGACUUAAUUCUGCAAUCCUCCUUGUUAUUACAGCACGAUUAAUGUCGU